AAUCAAAUGUAUAUUCGCAUAUACUUACAAUUAAGUUUAAAAAAACACAUAUUUACUUUUGACACAUCCAGUUGAGCUGUACCGGAGUUUGUUAGCUUUCCGAUCACACUGCCGGAGCUCAUUUUUUCGAUCACAUAUCUUCGUUCUCAGUUCAAUUUCUCUUUCUCUAACAAAAACUAGGUGGAUUGUGUGAAAUGAGAUUUUGUUAGAAUGAAUAAAGGAACGCGAAAGGUAGGAAAGUAUGAAGUCGGCCGAACGAUUGGCCAAGGAACUUUUGCCAAAGUUAAGUUUGCUAAAAAUACCGAGACGGGCGAGAGCGUUGCUGUUAAAGUUAUGACCAAGAGCACGAUACUCAAACACAAGAUGGUUAAUCAGAUCAAAAGAGAGAUAUCUAUAAUGAAAAUCGUAAGGCAUCCCAACAUAGUCAGGCUAAAUGAGGUUUUGGCAAGUCAGACGAAAAUAUAUAUUGUUCUGGAGUUUGUGACUGGGGGAGAGCUUUUUGAUAAAAUAGUUAAUCAGAAAAGGCUUUCAGAACAAGAAUCUAGGCGAUACUUUCAACAGCUUAUAGAUGCAGUAGCACAUUGCCACAGUAAGGGUGUGUACCAUAGAGAUUUAAAGCCUGAAAAUCUUCUUCUUGAUUCUGAUGGAAACUUGAAGGUCUCUGAUUUUGGACUAAGUGCAUUGCCACAACAAGGUGUUGAGCUUCUUCAUACAACUUGUGGAACUCCAAAUUAUAUUGCACCCGAGGUGCUAAGCCACCGAGGCUAUGAUGGUGCUGCUGCUGAUGUUUGGUCUUGUGGAGUCAUAUUGUAUGUUUUAAUGGCAGGAUAUCUUCCUUUUAAUGAGAUAGACCUUCCAACCUUGUAUAAAAAGGUCAGUUCUGCAGAUUUUUCUUUUCCAUAUUGGUUCUCUGCCGGUGCAAAGUCGCUGCUAAACAAAAUACUUGAUCCUAAUCCUGAAACUCGUAUUCGAAUUGAUGGGAUAAAAAACCAUCCAUGGUUCCAGAAGAACUAUGUGUCUGUAAAGCUUGCAGAAGAUGUAGAAAUCAGUUUGGAUGAUGUUUGUGCAGUUUUUGAUGACAUUGAGGAUAAAUAUGUAACGGAGCAAUCCGGAAUUUCUCAGAAUGGCCCUUUAGUUAUGAAUGCCUUUGAGAUGAUUACUCUGUCUCAAGGGUUGAAUUUAUCAGCCUUAUUUGAUAGGCGACAGGAUCAUGUCAAGCGUCAAACUCGUUUUGUUUCUCGUCAACCAGCUGAAGUCAUAAUUUCAACGAUCGAAUCCGUUGCAGAAUCAAUGACCCUUAAGGUCCAUACGCGUAACUACAAGACAAGGCUUGAAGGAAGAUCGCCCAAUAUAAAUGGACAGCUCGCUGUUGUAUUGGAGGUUUACGAAGUUGCACCAUCUCUUUUCAUGGUGGAUGUUCGGAAGGCGACUGGAGAUACACUUGAGUAUCACAAGUUCUACAAGAGCUUCUGUGCUAAACUCGAUCAUAUCAUUUGGAAACCAAAAUAAAGGACCUCAUAUGUCAUGCUUAUAACACUGACUUGUUGAUCCAGUGAUGGGGAUGUGAAGCAAAUCAUCAAGCACAUAAUUGAAUCAGAGCACUUUUUAAAAUAAAGCAGAGAGAUGUAGAUAUUUAUAUUGUGUGUUCUAGGUGAGGUGUGAGUUUAAGACGUAUGACAUUAAAUUUUGUUUCUUCAGACCUCCGAAUAUGGCUACCUACUAUGUUAAAAUGUGCCGAGUUUGUUGUAGUGAUAGGUAGUUAAACACAUCAGUGAUGAAGUCAGUUGUCUGAAUAACCUGCGAUGGGAUCAUAUUGUCAAAUACAUGCAUUACGGGCUCUUGUGAAUA